GCGGAGCGGAGCGACGUCACAGGGUGUCAGCUGUUGGCUCGCGCUGUUGGAAGAGCACUAUGCCAGGAGAACAGCGCGCGUCGGUACCAUGAGCGGUUUCGACAUGCGGCGCGCGAGCCGUUUCGCCGUUUCCACGCGCUCCCUUCGCUCAGUGAUGCGCGUGCGCCCGCUCCAGCGCCAGCACGCGCGGCCGCGUGAUGCACCGCUUUCUUGCGUGAGAACGACACGCGGGAAAGACGAGCCGUGACAAAUCGGAGACGCGCGCACACAGGACACACACACACACACACACACACACACACAUUCCGCCAGAAUGACGACUUGUGACGGAGGUCCCCGUGCGACCGCGCGCCGCUCGUAACUACAUACACUAACACACACACACACACACACACGCACACACACACACACACACACACCUUGUUUGGCUCUGUUGGAUUUCGCACGCGAUCAUCAUGCCGGUGCGGCGGGGUCACGUCGCGCCGCAAAACACCUUCCUGGGGAUCAUAAUCCGCAAAUUCGAGGGUCAGAAUAAAAAGUUUGUGAUAGCAAAUGCCCGUGUGCAAAACUGCGCCAUCAUCUUCUGCAACGACGGCUUCUGUGAAAUGACGGGCUUCUCGCGGCCGGACAUCAUGCAGAAGCCGUGCACGUGCGACUUCCUGCACGGCCAGCUGACCAAGAGGCACGCCGUUGCGCAGAUAGCACAGGCCCUGCUCGGCUCAGAGGAGAGGAAAGUGGAGAUCACGUACCACCGCAAGGAUGGUUCUGAUUUCCUGUGCAACACCCACAUCAUCCCAGUGAAGAACGAAGAGGGCGUGGUCAUGAUGUUCAUCCUGAGCUUCGACUACAUCCUGGACGACGGGAGCAUCGACUCACUGGAGCGCAUCAACCACACGUCGCCGUCCAGACCCCAACACAGAAAGGGCCGUUUCUUCCGUUUUCGCCUCCCCAUGCCGCUAAGCAUGCUGGGACUGAGUAAGCAGUCCCUUCCUCAGGAGGACCCGGACGAGGUGACCGUCUACUCGCCCGAACAAAUGGACAUGCGUUCGUCCUGCUCCUCCUCUUCCUCCCUGUCUCUAUCGCUCUCACCACACGAGCUCCACCCUUCCACGCAAGACAGCUGCAGCCCCUCCUACCGCAAUGACACCAGGGCUCUGAUUGGCCACAACCUGCUGGACUCCUCCUCUCCUGCCUCCGGACCUCAGGACCAGUCCUCGCCACGGCACACGAGGGAAAGGACGGAACCUUCUGGAUCAGCGGGCAGUGGGAGCGUGUGUACGCUGCGCAGAGCCUCGUCCUCGCAUGACCUCGAGGGAUUUAACACACAUGCGGACAGGACGUACCGUGGCCGCCAUGCUAGCGAAGGGCCGUUCAGCCAGAUCAAGUGCAGUCUUCUGGGCUCCACGUCCGACUCGAACCUCACCAAAUACAGCACCAUCAACAAGAUCCCACUCAUCACGCUGAACUUCUCCGAGACCAACAACGACAAACGCCCCGCCUCACCGCCCUCCUCGGAGAAAACCAUCAUCGCCCCGAAGGUCAAAGAUCGCACACACAAUGUCACGGAGAAGGUCACACAGGUGCUGUCUUUGGGUGCCGAUGUGCUUCCUGAGUACAAGCUCCAGACGCAGCGCAUCGACAAGUUCACGAUCCUGCACUACAGCCCUUUCAAGGCCGUGUGGGACUGGCUGAUCCUGCUGCUGGUCAUUUACACGGCCAUCUUCACGCCGUACAGCGCCGCCUUCCUGCUCAACGACCCAGAGGAGAAGAAGAGGCGCGUGUGUGGCUACUCGUGUAACCCGCUCAACGUGGUCGACCUCAUCGUGGACAUCAUGUUCAUCGUCGACAUCCUCAUCAACUUCCGCACCACGUACGUCAACGCCAACGACGAGGUGGUCAGCCACCCGGCCAAGAUCGCCGUGCACUACUUUAAAGGAUGGUUCCUCAUCGACAUGGUGGCCGCCAUUCCCUUUGACCUCCUCAUAUUCGGAUCGGGAUCAGAGGAGACCACAACUCUGAUUGGUCUGCUGAAGACGGCCCGGCUGCUGCGGUUGGUGCGUGUGGCUCGUAAGCUAGACCGUUACUCCGAGUACGGCGCUGCCGUGCUCAUGCUGCUAAUGUGCAUCUUUGCGCUGAUCGCUCACUGGCUGGCGUGUAUCUGGUACGCCAUCGGCAACGUAGAGAAACCCUAUCUGGAGCACACCAUCGGCUGGCUCGACAACCUCGGCAUGUCCAUCGGCAAGCAGUACAACUACAGCGACCCCUCCUCGGGCCCAUCGAUCAAGGACAAGUACGUCACGGCUCUGUAUUUCACAUUCAGCAGCCUGACGAGCGUCGGCUUCGGGAACGUCUCGCCUAACACUAACUCGGAAAAGAUCUUCUCCAUCUGCGUCAUGCUCAUCGGAUCCCUGAUGUACGCCAGCAUCUUCGGGAACGUCUCGGCCAUCAUCCAGCGUCUGUACUCGGGAACGGCGCGAUAUCACUUGCAGAUGCUCCGCGUCAAGGAGUUCAUCCGCUUCCACCAGAUCCCCAACCCACUGCGCCAGAGACUGGAGGAGUAUUUCCAACACGCCUGGACCUACACCAACGGCAUCGACAUGAACAUGGUACUGAAGGGAUUUCCUGAGUGUCUGCAGGCCGAUAUCUGUCUUCAUCUCAAUCAGUCUCUGCUGGAGGGCUGUAAGGCGUUCCGAGGGGCCAGUAAAGGGUGUUUGCGUGCUUUGGCUAUGCGCUUUAAGACGACACACGCCCCGCCAGGCGAUACCUUGGUACACUGCGGGGAUGUGCUCACCGCCCUGUAUUUCCUUGGCAGAGGAUCUAUAGAGAUCCUGAAGGACGACAUCGUGGUGGCCAUUUUAGGCAAAAACGAUAUCUUCGGUGAGAUGAUCCAUCUAUACGCCAAGCCGGGCAAAGCCAUUGCAGACGUGCGAGCUCUCUGCUACUGCGACUUACAUACCAUCGAUAGAGAGGAGCUGCUGGAGGUGUUGGAUAUGUACCCAGAGUUCGGCGACUACUUCUGGUCCAACCUGGAGCUCACGUUUAACCUGCGUGACGAGAACGCCAAGUUCAGUGGUGUUCGCCAGAGGAACCUGUACACGGCAGUGAGUGACUCGGAGCAGGAAGAGAUCAACGCCGGGUCGAAAGCCUGCUUUAAAAGCAAGACCUCUACAGGGACUCCGAGUCGACAUAGAGUGGUGGAGAGAGACAGAGGGAGAGACGGAGAUACACUGCAGGGAGAGGAGUACGAGGAGGAGGAGGAGGAUGAGAAGAGAGGUGAGGAAGAGGUAGAUGAGAAAGAGGAAAAGAGAAAUUUGGGCUUGGGGAUACUCGACCACUCCCUCCCUCUCAACCUGAACACGCUCCCAGACCCCCACGCUACAGACUGUGCAGUGAUUUAUAAAGAUGUGUGUGCUGACAAAUGGUCUUGUGGGAACGUUGAUGACUCGGCAAAAUUUCAGGAGAGAGAGGGCGGAGUUGACUGCGACAGUGACAUCACAUUCGGGGAAAUGGAGCACAGGCUGGACUUGCUGCAGGAACACCUGAACAGAUUGGAGAUUCAGAUGACGUCUGACAUCCAGGCCAUCCUGCAGAUGCUGCAGAGACAGAGUGCCCUGGGGCCUCCAGCCUACAGCACUUUAGCCUCGAGCCCUGAAUACCACAAACCAGCCAUCAGAGUGCAGCCUGUUACUGCUGUACACACACAGUGUUCGCAGAGUCCAGAUUUAGAAAAUCAGUCUAUUGAGAGAGCCAAACCCAAAGACUGCAUACUUCCCACUACCAUGGAGACGACCUCAGAUGUGAGCAGGAUAAAAGACUCGGAGUGGGAGGCGGAGCUGAGACCGACACAGGAAAAGGAGCCCUCCGGUUUGCAGCGUCAGAGGACUCUUCAGCUGUCAAUAAGACAAACGUCCCUCCCCGAUUCGUCUCCUCACAAGGACACAACACCAGGACUCCACCGGCCCUCUUCUGACCCCGGGCUUCCAGGAAACCAGCAUUAG